CAGGGGCCAUAUUGUUGAUGUGUCACCUCGGGAGGAGCGCACUCACACGGACUUGACUCUCACUAUUUAUCACGGCAGCUGGUGUAUGGCAUUUUAAAUGGAUUUAACAUAACUGUGCCAGUAGCUGAAAGAGGUCAUGGAGCCAUCAGACUGUCACAGCGAACUGACCCCUGCCUCUCACCCAUCCCAAAGUUCAGAGGUCAGCAUGGUUCUGGAAGGGUCAAACGAUGUCCUCAGCAGUGGGGGUGAAUCUGAUUUAAAAGAACAGGAGGAAGACACUGAGCUGGACAGUCUUGAGCUGGAUGGUACUCUUUCAGAUAGUGUGGACAGAGAAGGUCAGAGACCAGACAUGCACAUGGAGGUCCAGCGAGAUGAAGGACUUGGAGAACAUGCCCUGGGUGAUGGGAACACUAGCGGUGACAGUGGAACAGCCUCCAUUGAUGAUGCCAGGUCUCCACCAGCUCUUCACGACAGUGCUGUGGAAUCACUUCCUGCUGUUCUAGAUGGAGAACUCAAAUGUUCUGGCCUUGAAGAACCAGCAGAGGUGGUUCCAGAAUUAGAAGGUGGGACUCACAAUGAAGUUGAGGAAUAUUCUUCCUCUGUUCUGAAUGGGACAGAUGAUAUUUCAUCCACACAUAUGUUCAAUGGGCCAACAGACCUUAACAGAACUCCUUUGACUCCAACAACUCCAGAUGUUGUUUCAGUACCCCAAAACUCGCAAUCCAACUCCACCAUGAGCCCGUAUGACACCGACUGCAGCAGAAAACUGUUGUCUGAGAUCCAGCGCUCUCUGUCUCAGGAGCCUCUGCUGGAUGAGCUGGAGGAUGAGCUGUUGAACAGUCAGUCAGAUGGCAUGCGCAAGGGAAGUCCUCCCAAUGGGCUUCAGAAGGACCAGAACUCCAUGGUUCUAUUUGAGAAGUGUGUACAAUACAAGUACUCCCAACAGGAGAAAGCCAUCAAGAGAUUACUUGAUGAGAAUAAGAAACAUCAGGAGCUGAUUCUGGGCAUCUGCUCUGAGAAAGACAACAUGAGGGAUGAGCUGAAGAAGAGGAUGGAGACAGAGAAACAACAUCUUUGCACCAUUAAGAAAUUUGAAAGCCGGUUGGAGGAACUUAUGAAGGAACUAAAAGACUCCAGAGACAAACUGGUUCACCAGGAUCAGGCCGCUAAGAAUGCCAUCCAGCAGUUGCAGAGGGAGAUGACCUAUCGACUUGAACAGGCCAAUAAGAAAUGUGAGGAGGCACGGCAGGAGAAGGAGACAAUGGUGAUGAAGUACGUUCGAGGCGAAAAGGAAGCUCUGGACCUGCGGAGGGAAAAGGAACAGCUGGAGAAGAAGCUACGGGAGGCCACAUCAGAAGUAGACAAACAGGCCCGGCGGGGAAACACACUGGCCCAAGAGAAAGGACGUCUGCAGCAGCUCUAUGACUCUAAGGAGAAUGAAGUGACGAGACUUUCCCGUGAACUGGAGAAAGUCAAGGAAGAAAUCAAUUCUCAUGUCAUCAAAGUAAAGUGGGCACAGAACAAGCUGAAGAGCGAAACGGAUGCUCACAAGGAAACAAAAGACAGACUAAGAGAAACGACUGCCAAGCUGACUCAAGCAAAGGAGGAGACUGAACAGAUUCGCAAAAACUGCCAGGACAUGAUCCGAACAUACCAGGAGUCUGAGGAGAUUAAGUCAAAUGAAUUGGAUGCAAAGCUGCGAGAGACCAAAGGAGAGCUGGAGAAGCAAAAACAAGAGCAGACAGACCAGCUAGAGAUGCACAAAGCUAAGAUUAAGGAGUUGGAGGAUCUGAAGAGAACUUUUAAAGAAGGCAUAGAUGAGCUGACCACCCUGCGGACCAAGGUUAAGUGUCUAGAGGACGAACGUACCUGCUGGGAAGACGAACUCUGCAAAUACAGAGAGAUCAUUAACAGACAGAAGGCUGAGAUCCAGAAACAGAGGGAAAAACUCACCGCCAUCACUACACUAGAGGAGCAGCACCAGAGGGAUGAUCAGGAGAUUGCAUCCUUGCGGGAGGAGGUGGAGAAUCUGAACUCCCAGAUCACUGACUUGCAGAGGGACAUUGAAGGAAGCAGGACAAGAGAGGCGGAGCUACUGGGCUUUACUGAGAAAUUGACCAGUAAAAAUGCUCAGCUGCAGUCUGAGAGCAACAGCUUACAAGCCCAGCUGGACAGAUUGAACAGCACCUCUAGAGAGCUGCACAGCAAACUAGAGGAGACCGAGAGAACCCUCUCUGAGACGAUGGACAGAUUGAAGAAAGAGGAAAAACAAAGGCAAGAGGAAGUUCUGGCAUUGCAGACAGAGAGAACAACACUACAGACCGAGACAUCACAACUAAAGACACGUGUGGAGGAAUUACGAGAUGAUCUGGUCACUCAGAAGAGAAAACAGGCAGCCAACAUCAAAGACCUCACCAAGCAGCUCACGCAGGGCUCUUUAAAUGCACGGGGCAGCAGUAUGGAUGAUCGCUCUCCAGAGAAUCAGUCCGGUUCAUCAGUGGUAGUGGUGGAUAGCUUCCCUGAGGUGGACAAAACUGUGCUGGUGGAUCGCAUCGUGCGGUUGCAGAAAGCACACGCUCGUAAGAACGAGAAGAUAGAAUUCAUGGAGGACCACAUUAAGCAGUUGGUGGAGGAGAUCAGGAAAAAGACAAAUUGCUCUUAUAGUAUGACUGUAGCUGCACAAUGUUUUUCAGGCUCUUUAAAUGCACGGGGCAGCAGUAUGGAUGAUCGCUCUCCAGAGAAUCAGUCCGGUUCAUCAGUGGUAGUGGUGGAUAGCUUCCCUGAGGUGGACAAAACUGUGCUGGUGGAUCGCAUCGUGCGGUUGCAGAAAGCACACGCUCGUAAGAACGAGAAGAUUGAAUUCAUGGAGGACCACAUUAAGCAGUUGGUGGAGGAGAUCAGGAAAAAGACAAAGAUUAUCCAAAGUUACGUGCUUCGAGAAGAGUCUGGAGCACUGUCUUCAGAAGCCUCGGAUUUUAACAAAGCCCACCUGAGCCGGAGGGGAGGUAUCAUGGCGUCGUUGUACACCUCCCACCCUGCCGAUAGCGGCCUCACUCUCGACCUCUCACUGGAAAUCAACCGCAAACUCCAGGCUGUGCUAGAGGACACCCUGCUCAAAAACAUCACACUGAAGGAGAAUCUCCAAACGCUGGGUUCGGAGAUCGAACGACUAAUUAAACAGCAAAGGGUACCAGAUGACAUAGCCGGAAGGAAGUGAAGUCAGUCGAGGGGAAGGAUGUUACAAUAAAUAGCACACACUAUACGACUGAGCCCGUUACGAAAUGAUUUACUUUGUUUGGGAUCAAAACAGUGCUCUUUUCAUCAGACAAGUUCAGUCUGUUUUAUACACUGGAGGCACAGUUCAAAAUAAGGACUGAACUACGCUAAGGAAACUUACGGGACAAAUGACUGGAACGCAAAGAGAUUACCAAGAAACUGUGCCCACUUUUCUUCACGUUGUGCCCAACGUCCAACUGUCCUCUCUUCGCCGUCCCGCCUCACCUGUGCCUUGAUGAUUCAGUUCAUCAGGUUCAGAGCAGAACUGCAGUCCUAAAUCCAAUGACCUGGUGUAUGAAGUUGGGUAGAUGAAUGACUAUUCUCAUAAAUGUGACCCCAUGUUCUUUUGAAGAACGAAAUGUGCUGGUCUAAUGGAGACCCGUGGAUUCUGCAGCUCUUUAGAGGCUUUCAGAGGCUUUUUCUCUAUUCAUUGCACCGCAGGUUAUUGGCCGCUCCUCGUCGCUCUCAUUUCCCCCUCAUGCAAACGUGCCAAUUAAUGAAUGUAUUAUGUAAUGAGAAGGACUAAUCCCACACGCUCUGACCCAGGAGUGUGGGCAACAUUCCCUGUUCGAGCUGCUGCUAGGUUACCGCUACACCCGGAUAGCAUUAUCUCUUGCAAAGCACUUAGGCGAGAGGGGCCAUGCCAAAAAACACAGCUCUUGCUCUGUCUCAUUAUGAAGUUAAACACAUUAAUUUGAAUGAAUAACUACAUCUCAGAAAUGUUGAUACAUCUAGGGCUAGUCUUAAAGGAGCUUGCGGUUCGUUCUAUCUGGAUUAAGUUGUAAUUAAAUCAGUUUGUUACCCCCCCCCCCUUCUGCUUUUCUACCUCUGCUUAGGUUUUCUGUAGAAACAACCUUGUAAUCAUUUUUAUUUUUAUGUUCCAGCUUUUUUUUUUUAAUUCAUGUUUUUCUUGUGUAUGACGUUCUGAUGCUGCUUUUGAAGAGCCCGAUGCUCCCCAGAGAAACGUAGAGUGUAAAAUCCCUGUUAAAUGAAGGAGACAUUAUAAAUAUUAAGGGAAUAGUGCAAUUUUAACCCCCCUCUUUGUUUGUUCAACUGAGCCGUAAUCGCCCCGGCCAGCGUCCCAUCUGAGACUCCAGCAAAAUAUCCCCUGUUAGCAUCCAAUUCCGUGGUAAUGUAACCAUAUGGUACACAACAUUGUGCAGAGUUGAGCCAGCCGAUGAAUUGCAUCACUGGUCUGCUUCUCCUUCCGUCCCUUCUUGCAGUGGUGCAUGAUGAAGGAUCGCCCUGUGGGAUGCUGCUGAUGGAUUUUUUUUACGUUCACCUUUAAAGCUUAUAAGGCAGAUGUGUGAUGAUUAGCAGAUCUCAGCCGGUUUACCAUCCAAUUUAGUGCCAUUCUCAGUCUUCUGGGUUUUCUCACGUUUGAGCCGCUAUUGAAAGUAAAAUCAUGCCCAUGUGAUAAAGGAUUUAUAAUAACUUGACAUACUGCAAUAUAAGCGUAUAUCAUAUCAGUUGUUCUAACACUGAGAGCCUGUGCUGUAGCUCUCAGCACUCCCAAAUCACAAACACAUUGCAGACAUUCCAGAAAACGCUGAAUGAAGGAAAUUAUGCAAUGCUAGCAGAAAAAUAAGCAUUUACACGGAGCCCUUAAUAGCGAAAAGAAGACUCUCUGAUCUGUUGAUAAUUUCAGUGUACUUUACAUUCAUAAUUUAUUUAAUGUCUCAAAAUAUAAGAAAGAUCUCUUGGAGUAUGUAUGUAUGUUUGUGAAUGGUGAAUUGGAAAUGAUGAGGAAAAAGAAAAAAAUCAUGUUGAUUCUGUUUCCGGUCGGUCAUUUGUGCUCUGCUUGAUUGUAUAGUGAGUGAAACUGCGAUUAUAAAUUUGUAGAUAUAUUGUACAAUGGUCCAGUGUUUUUAAACUUCUGGAGUCUGCUGUAUAUAAGAAGUUUAAA